AUAUACCAUGUGUGUUGCAGUUAUUAUAAAACGCAAUUAAAAGGCGUUGUUCAGAAUCGGAGGUAGGUCUGUUGUGGAUUUCAUAUAACGAGCCCACAUGAUGAUUUUAUGGCUAUUUACUGCGAUAUUUUAUGUGUUUGGAAGUUUGGCAUCCAUCAAAGCACAGCUACAACCGCCGACUAUUUCCCUGCUUCAACCACAGGGAAUACGCUUUGUAAUACAAGACUACCCGGGUGCCACUUUAGCUGCUGUUCACUACAGUAUUAAUCGACCAUUGGUAGGUUCAGACGCAGGGGAACACAAUUAUGACAUCAACGAGAAAACAGAUAACGCUUGGGUACAUGAAAACAGGAACAUCAUAGUGAACGCCGGCGAUGUGGUAAACUACUGGAUCUAUGUUGUUAUCAAUGGAGUCGGCCAACAUCUAACUGAUCAAUCAUGGACUGCUCCAGGAAGGGGUGGGUCGGAAUGGAAUCUUGUUUUUGAGGAUAAUUUUGACACGCUUGAUACAACUAAUAAAUGGGACUAUGAGGUCACCGCCAGUGGUGGUGGGAAUUGGGAGUUCCAAGUUUACACACCGGAGCAGCAGAACACAUUCGUAAGGAAUGGGAAUCUGGUAAUUAAACCUACCCUUACAGCCGACAGAUUUGGAGAAGAUUUUCUGUAUAAUGGAAUCCUGGACCUUAGAGAAAUGUAUGGUCGGUGUACAGACGAGCGAGAUUACGGAUGCCGACGAGAGGGAAGAAACGGGAUGAUUAACUCUAUCAUGUCUGGAAAGCUUAAAUCGAGACAAGCGUUUCGUUAUGGAAGGAUGGAAUUCAGAGCAAAGAUGCCUACAGGGGAUUGGAUCUGGCCAGCUCUCUGGCUCCUACCUAGGGACGCGGUGUACGGAGGAUGGCCUCGUUCCGGAGAGAUAGACGUUUGUGAAAGUCGAGGGAAUGAGAACUAUGGUUCCAUUGGUGUUCAGGAGUUCGGUGCAACGCUUCACUGGGGACCAGAACCGGCGCAGAAUAGAUGGACAAUGACGCAAGGAAAAAGGCACUGCCCUGGGUGUACAUAUGGCCAAGAUUUCCACAUAUACAGAUUGGAUUGGGACGAAACAGGUUUAAUGGUUUUUGAGAACGGGAAUCUGGUGCUGAAUGUACCCACUCCGUCGGAGGGUUACUACAACUGGGGAGGGUGUACUGGACCAAACCCUUGGGAAGGACAGGGGACAGACGCACCUUUUAAUCGAGAAUUCUACCUCAUUCUGAACGUUGCUGUUGGGGGAACAAAUGGUUAUUUCCCGGACAAUGUACAAAGCCUCCCAUAUCCUAAACCAUGGUCGAAUAACUCUCCCCAAGCAAAUGAAGAUUUCUGGAAUGGCAGGUCUGGGUGGUAUAGUACUUGGCGGGGUGACGAUGUUGCCAUGGAGGUGGAUUACGUCAGAGUUUGGCAAAGAAAUUAGAAAUAACAACAAAAGACAUAACAACGAUGGCUUUGUAUAAAAAAAAACUGGGAAAAAACCUCCUACCCACGUACCCUCGUACCCACGUACGUGGGUCCUGACCCAGUCUUUAAAGAGUUAAAUUUUUAAAUGUUUAAAACAUUAUUCAAUCUCAGUUUAUCCUGAAUUAUAGAUGAAUUUAUGCAUCCAUAUGCCUUUAUUUAUAGGUCUGACAUCUCUCUAGUAAAAUAAAAUAAAGCCGG